AUGUCAUCUGCCGGCAAACGAUCGCUUCGUUUGCCCUCUUCUCCGAUUCAAGGGCAGGCGAAGCGACGUCGCGGUGCCGCCUCCAACCCUUUGGCUGCCAGUUUCAACUCUGCCAGCGGUGAAGCUUCUUCCUCUCCUUCGCAGGCGGGCAUCAACGUUCAAGCUUCUACAGCGUUCGAUCCAGCAACGGCAUAUCACAACCUCCCACAAAUGUCUCUCCAAGCGCCAACGUCCAUCGUGAGCGCGGCAUCUCAAACACAGUCAACCCGUUCGCGGCCGUCGCCGUCGCUCCGCAUGGGAAGCUGCUCUCUCGACGAAAUGCUGCUCUCCAUCCCCCCAGGCCUCGCGUCCGCCGAACACACCCGCCGCAAAGACGCGCUCCAGCACGAAAUCAGCUUUCAGGAGCGUAACCCGCCGAUUCUCCCGCCGUCUCAGGUCCAAGAUUUGCCCCCGAAGCCGUUUAUAGCGGAUUUUCUAAAGUUCCCCGAUGGUAUUAGCGAUCCGGAGCGUCUGCAGAUUGAGACGCGCAACAAUGAGAUUGCCGCUGAGCACCAGAAGAUUGACCGUCAGCGGAACAACCAGGCGGCUAAGAAGUCCAGGCAGGCUCGUCUUGAGGCGUUGAGUAAUACGCGGGUGCUGCUGAAUGAGAAGACGGCGGAGUGUGCUUGGUUUAGGAUGAAGGUGCUUGCGUUGGGGGGGAGCACGGCGGACUGGGGCAUGGUGCCUGCGGGGGUCAAGACGAGGCUUGUGAAGGAGAUUGAUGGGCGGGUGAAGGUUGUUGAGGGGGAGGUUGCGGACGCGAAGAAGAGGGAGGAGGCGAAGAAGAGGGCGGAUAGGAAUAAGCGGAGGGCGGAGGCGAGGAAGGACGAUGAGGGGGAGCAAGGGGAGCAACAUCUAGAGUCUUCAGAGUAG